AUGGCGUCGCCGGCGCUCAUCUCCGACACCGACCAGUGGAAGGCCCUCCAGGCGCACGUCGGCGCGAUCCACAAGACGCACCUGCGCGAUCUCAUGACGGACGCCGACCGAUGCAAGGCAAUGACGGCGGAAUUCGAAGGCGUCUUCCUGGACUACUCGAGGCAGCAGGCCACCACCGAGACCGUCGACAAGCUCUUCAAGCUGGCAGAGACCGCAAAGCUCAAGGAGAAGAUUGACAAGAUGUUUAAAGGCGAAAAGAUAAAUACCACGGAGAACAGAUCAGUGCUCCAUGUGGCUCUCAGGGCUCCAAGAGACGCAGUCAUAAACAGUGACGGGGUGAACGUGGUCCCCGAAGUUUGGGCUGUUAAGGAUAAAAUCAAGCAGUUUUCAGAGACUUUCAGAAGUGGCUCAUGGGUUGGGGCAACUGGGAAACCGUUGACAAAUGUUGUCUCAGUUGGGAUUGGUGGUAGCUUCCUUGGACCUCUGUUUGUGCAUACGGCUCUCCAGACUGACCCGGAAGCAGCAGAAUCUGCCAAAGGCCGACAACUGAGAUUUCUUGCAAAUGUUGAUCCAGUUGAUGUUGCACGGAGCAUCAAAGAUUUAGACCCUGCAACUACUCUUGUUGUGGUUGUCUCAAAGACCUUCACGACAGCUGAAACAAUGUUGAAUGCUCGAACUAUCAAGGAGUGGAUUGUCUCUGCUCUUGGACCUCAGGCUGUUUCCAAACACAUGAUUGCUGUCAGUACUAAUCUUAAGCUUGUCAAGGAGUUCGGAAUUGACCCUAACAAUGCUUUUGCAUUUUGGGACUGGGUUGGCGGCCGCUAUAGUGUUUGCAGUGCUGUCGGUGUUCUGCCCUUGUCUCUUCAGUAUGGAUUUCCAAUUGUUCAGAAAUUUCUGGAGGGUGCUUCCAGCAUUGACAACCACUUCCACACAUCUUCAUUUGAGAAAAAUAUACCUGUACUCCUUGGUUUGUUGAGUGUGUGGAAUGUUUCAUUUCUCGGAUAUCCGGCUAGGGCAAUAUUGCCGUACUCUCAAGCACUUGAGAAACUAGCACCACAUAUUCAGCAGCUUAGCAUGGAGAGUAAUGGAAAGGGUGUCUCCAUUGAUGGUGUUCGACUUCCAUAUGAGGCUGGUGAAAUUGAUUUUGGUGAACCUGGAACAAACGGGCAACACAGCUUCUAUCAAUUAAUCCAUCAGGGAAGAGUUAUUCCUUGUGAUUUCAUUGGCGUCAUAAAAAGCCAGCAGCCUGUUUACUUGAAAGGGGAAACUGUUAGCAAUCAUGAUGAGUUGAUGUCCAAUUUCUUUGCUCAGCCUGACGCACUUGCUUAUGGAAAGACUCCUGAACAAUUACAGAGCGAGAAAGUUCCCGAAAAUCUUAUCUCUCAUAAGACAUUUCAGGGCAACCGGCCAUCACUGAGUUUCUUGCUGUCUUCAUUAUCUGCCUAUGAGAUUGGACAGCUUUUAUCCAUCUAUGAGCACCGGAUCGCAGUUCAGGGUUUCAUAUGGGGAAUCAACUCGUUUGACCAGUGGGGAGUGGAGCUGGGCAAGUCACUGGCUUCUACAGUGAGGAAACAGUUGCAUGCAUCACGCAUGGAAGGAAAGCCCGUCGAGGGCUUCAACCCCAGCAGCGCAAGUUUGCUCACACGGUUUCUUGCGGUUAAACCAUCAACCCCAUAUGACACGACAGUGCUUCCAAAAGUGUAA